AUGAAGGUAUUCCUAAUUUUGAGCUGUCUAGUCUCCUUAGGCUUAGCCCAAGAUGCCAUUAAUCCAAGAAGAUUCCCUUCCUCGUUAAGGAUUGGAGUAGCAAACGCUGCUCCUCAAAUCGAAGGAGGUUGGGAUGCUGAUGGUAAAGGUGAAACCAUUUGGGAUCACUUUGCUCAUACCUUCCCAGAAAGAAUAGUAGACCGCUCAACACCAGAUAUCGCAUGUGACUCUUACAAUAAGUACAAAGAAGAUGUAGCCUUAGUUAAAGCUAUGGGUCUAGACCAUUAUCGUCUCUCCAUAGCCUGGUCUAGAGUUCUUCCCACUGGAUACACUGAUAACGUAAACCAAGCUGGUGUUCAGUACUAUAAAAAUUUGUUUAAAGAGUUGAAGGAUAACAAUAUAAUUCCAAUGGUAACUUUGUAUCAUUGGGAUUUGCCUCAACCUCUUCAAGAGCAAAUGGGAGGUUGGCUAAACGAAUCUAUUGUAAAUAUUUUUGCUGAAUAUGCCAAAUUCUGUUGGGAAACCUUCGGAGAUGAUGCUAAUUGGUGGAUUACCAUCAACGAACCCAAGCAGGUUUGUCAAGCAGGUUAUGGUUCUGGUAUGUUAGCUCCAGGAAUUGUAUCUGAUGGUAUUAUGGAUUACGUUUGCACAAAAAAUGUAUUAUUGGCCCAUGCCAAAGCUUGGCACAUUUAUGAUGAACUCUUUAGGAAGACAAAUAAAGGACAAGUUGGUAUGGUUAUAGACUCAACCUGGUAUGAACCAGGUAGUGAUAAUGAUAAAGAUAACGAAGCAGCAGAAAGAGCAAUGCAAUUUGAUAUUGGUAUUUAUGGCAACCCUCUUUUCAACGGAGACUGGCCUGCAAUAGUAAAAGAACGUGUCUCAUCUAGAAGCAAACUCGAAGGAUUCAAUGAAUCUCGCCUUCCAAUACUUACAGAUUUCGAAAUUGAUUACAUCAAGGGAACUUCCGAUUUUUUGGGUCUCAAUCACUACUCCACCUUGUUGACCAACCACACAGCAGACGCGCCCAUUGGUAAACCCAGUUUUGACUCUGACAAAAGCGUUCUGUUAUGGCACAGACCCGAAUGGACCCAGGGCAGUGCAGACUGGUUCUUUGAUGUGCCAUGGGGUUUAAGAAAAUUCCUUAGCUGGUUGAAGAAGACUUUCAAUAACCCAGAAAUCGUUAUAACUGAAAAUGGUUUUUCAGACACCAGCGGAACCCUUGAAGAUGAUAACCGUAUUACUUAUUUAGAGGGACAUGUGAGUGCCUUUUUGGAUGCCAUUUAUGAAGAUAACGUCAAUUUGACAGGCUAUACUGUUUGGAGUAUAAUGGAUGAUUGGGAAUGGAACGGAGGAUAUACAUCUUUUUUGGGAAUGUACAAAGUUGAUUUCAAUGAUCCAGAUAGGCCAAGAAUUAAGAGAAAAUCGGCGGAUUACUUCACAGGUGUCAUGAAAAAACGCUGUUUGGUAGAUGAAGAUAAAUGUGUUGAUUAA